CCUCGACAUUUUUCGCGCCAAAGGUCACAGUUGUGAUGGUGCUCAUCGACGUGUAUAGGGAUAUUAGUUCGUGAUGGUGCUUAAAUGCAAUGGCAUUAUUUAGUUUGACUGUGCGUUCAACGGUUUGCUCCCAUUUUUUAUUAAAUGGAUUACAUGUGACAAAAACAUUUCAAAAUGCAGUUGCCUUUCUGCAUUCAACCACGAGGUGGAGCCAUCAGCAUCACAAAGCUCAGCCUUCUAGUUGCGAUCGCUUAAUAAAAAUAAAUAUACCACAGCACAGUUUGAAUUGUGUAAGGACAAACGAUGGAUUUUUCCAAGUUCAAAGCAAGAAGCUUUUCAGCUGAUACGUACAAUAAGUACUUUUCACCUGACGUCGCACCAAUAGGAUAUGCUCAAAAUGUCUUGGAAUCCAUACAUUCAGUAACAGGGCUACCAUGGUGGGCCAGUAUACUAGUUACCACUGUUCUGCUGCGUAGUCUGGUAACCUUACCACUAACAAUUUAUUCCAUGCAUAUCAUAGCACGAGUUGAGCAGCUCCAGCCAGAAAUAGCAAAAUUGUCUCAAGAACUUCGUAGAGAGGUUGCUGUGGCAGUGAAAACGUUUGGAUGGGAUGCAAAAACAGCCCGUUUUAAAUACAAUACCACGAUGCGAAAACUCAUCAGAGAGCUGUAUAUCCGUGACAACUGCCACCCUGCUAAAUCCUCCCUUGUACUGUGGUUCCAGAUACCUAUGUGGAUCUCUGUCUCAUUUGCCCUCAGAAAUAUGAGUGGUGCCAUACCAAACAACACUUCAAAUGCACCUAUUCUUUGCCCUGACCUCCAAGCAGAGGGAACCUUGUGGUUUCCAGAUCUGACAGCUCCAGAUGUUACAUGGAUACUUCCAGUUAUUCUUGGAUUGGCUAACUUUAUAAACAUAGAGAUGCACAGCUUGCUGUCACAAAAGGCGAGUAAAUUUCAGCAAAGCUUGAUAUGGAUCAUGCGUGUUUUCAGCAUUUUAAUGGUACCCAUAGGUGCAGUGGUGCCUAGUUGUAUGUGUUACUACUGGGUUUGCUCAAGUUUGUUUGGAGUUGCCCAGAAUUUGAUGCUCAAGGUUCCAACUAUUCGACGUCUUGUACAUCUACCUCAAACCAGUGAAAGCAGCACUCCUUUUCAAGACAUGUACAGUGCAGCACUGAAAAAAUAUUUCAGGAAGCAGUGAUAAAAGCUACAUCCUUUGUUGGGCUGAAGUACAGUCUUUCAUGAUCUUGUUUGGUUUGUGAUUUUACUGAAUUGUUCAAUCCUGGGAUGCCUGUAAGUACAUGAAUGUGAUAGUGAAAAUUUAAUCUUUUAAUUAACAUUCUUUUGUAUGGGUUGUGUGUAAUGGAGGGGGAAAAUCAGGUUAUAUGUGCAUUAGGUGUCUGCAUCUCGAGUACUUACCAUAUUUUGCAUGAGCUAUUCACAUCAUAAUUUAACUGACUGGUUUUAAGAACGUCCAAAUCCUUACCAAUUGUGUACUUAGAACAGAAAUAUUCUGUAGCACUCUUGGCAUGCUUUUUCCUUUGGUGGGUGUUGGUUAUCACCUGUAAAUGCCUCAUUGGCAAUAAUCACAAGUUAAUACAAUUUUGAGUUUUUUUUUAACAUUUAUUUUGUUUCAUACAAUACAUAACAUACAAUAUACCAUAUGUAAACAAUAUAUAUUUUUUUCCCCUACCUCAUUAUCUUUAUUCCUUUGGAUUAAUCUUUAGCAUUAUACACUUUAUAAAUUAAUGUUCUAAAUACUUCAUAAUAGAGCUAUUAGUUUCAUCAAUAAUGAUAUAAACAAGCUGCCAUUACCCUGUAUAAGGAAGGAAAAGCAUUUUAUAUAGAACUUAUCGACCCAACAAGGGCAGCACAUUUUUGUAGAGAUCAACAGUGUAUUUGACCAGCUGAAAUCAACUUUGUUACACUAUUGACCCUUCGAUUGCUCAGAAGAAUAAAUAACUGCCUUUUAAAGGAGGCAUGUAUAGUAUUUGUGAGACCAAAAUUUCCCCCAUGUGCUGUUUUAUUCUGAGUAUCUUGAAACCAAAUUCAGUUAUCUCUUGUAAAGUUUUUUAAAACAAUAAGUUUAAGAAUCCGUCAGUUGUCAGAUUGCCUUUCAUUUAAAAGUAUCUAAGAUCAUGUUACAUGGUUUUGAUACAAAAGCCACUGUUGAUUAAAUUCCUUUUGUCUGUUUAGCCUAUGAUAAGCAGCUUUUUCGGUCAAAAAUCUGUGUUUUAGGUGGUAUGUAAAGUUCUGGGCUACAGGGAUUAGAUUCUGGAGGGUGCUCUUAUAGAUAAAGAACUUGGCUGAAAGUAUAAUGAUGUCCAGUACUUUAUCUGUUAGUAGUUUUGGAACCAUACCAAAGAGAAUGAGUCCUUCAGUUAAUGUAACUGUCUUUAUGUGUGGGUAUAUAUGGUGUAAAAAGUCUAUAAGUUCUUUCCAGAAUCUCUGGGUGAUCUGGCAAUGCCAAAAAAAGAUGUUCUAAUCAUUACAUAGGUGGCACCUAGGGGAAUCAGCUGUUUUACAACUUGAAAAAUAUUUCUGUGUUGGAAGAAUCCUGUGCAAUAACCUUGUUUGGAACCAUCUUAACUGGGUGUUUAGGGUAGUUUUAUAGGGCAGCACAAAAACCUUUCCAGUCUAGAUACUCAAAUUUAAUAUUCCACUUAGAGAUUGCUGUGGGUUGGGCUGAGUUUUGUAAGAGUAUUGAUUUCACCGCUUGAUUUCUUUUGCCAGUGAGUGGCCAUACAUUGGAAUUGGGUUAGACAUAAAUCACAUAAUUGUUUUACAUGGCAUGCUAACAUAAUAGGUCUCCUAGUGUAAAAUAUGACACCAGUGUAACAAAAUAAGUGGUCUAUAAAGAUAUGUGUGU